AUGAGUAAUGACGAUAGUGAAAUCGAUAGUGAAAUUGUGAAAUUAAAUUAUUAUACCCAAUCAAAUGUUAGUGAAAUAAUAACUACACUAGAAUCUACUGUGAUUAAUAUUCUCAAGGGUUGCAUUUUUACCGAUUGCUAUAUUAUUGUAGACGGUGAUAUUGAAGAUCAUUUUAUUGAAGUGAAACAUUUUGCUUCAGCUUUCCUCGACUUGUUAAAGGCUGAAGGGAAGAACUAUUUUGAAAUCCCUUUCGG